AUACUGAUCAUCCUGCUGGAAUACUCGUGCUAUUGUAGCACCCGAUGAAUCACCGCAUCAUGGUGUCGACACGAGUCAUGAGUAUGGCAAGUAGCAGCCUCAUAAUCAUAGGCAGGUGACUCAAGAUUGUGCUUCCAAUAUAUGAAUGGGUAAGGUAUGUGUGGCUGACAAAGCUCUGUCUCGCUUUCCCAAGGCUUGUGUGACUGAUUGUAUUCGACCGCUGCUCUAUGAGUGAAUUUCCCCCAAGACCAAUUUGUCCGACAAAGACAAUAUAGGGUCAGCAUGCCAGCACAACUUCGUCAUGAAAGACCCCAACUUUAAGAAUUCGGGGAUUUCACCGCCAUGUAGGACUAGUCCACGUUCCUCAAAGACUCACUUCAGCUUGCACCUUGCUGCAGGGUCUUGAACAUUGCGUCCGCAUUGAGACGACAACAUUCACCAAAACCACCGUCAUAGCGAGUCUCGCGAUGUUUUGCCUUUUAUAAAAUCCCCUCCGACAGCUCAUCCAAGGGGCUCUCCUUCCAUCCACACCGGCUCGAGUAAGCCAUAGUUCCAGCCUCAAGCUUCCCGAAGAUGGUCUCCGCCACCGCUCUCCUCCUGGGCGCAAGCCUCUUCUUCGUUUCUGCCCACCCCGGCAAUCUCUCUCCCCGUCUCACGGUCCCUGGCCGUUGCCAGUCCCUUGGUGGAACUUUUACCCCCUAUGCUCACUCUGUCGUCGCCUGGGGACCCAACCGUCUCGACCUCUUUGGCGUCGGGCUCGACAGCGCCAUGUGGCACCGUUGGUGGGACGGCCGCUCGUGGAAUAACUGGGAGUCCCUUGGUGGACAGCUCACCUCUUCCCCUAUCCCCGCUGCGUGGGGUCCCAACAGGCUCGAUCUCUUCUCUGUUGGGGGCAACAGUUCACUCAUCCACAAGUGGUGGGAUGGCCGCAGCUGGGAUCGAGGGUGACCCAGCCGUCGUGGCCUGGGGUCCCAACCGUCUGGAUGUGUUUGCCAAAGGCAAGGAUUCGGCCAUCUGGCAUAGAUGGUGGAACGGGCGCGCAUGGGGAGGCUGGGAGUCGAUGGACGGUCGCAUGAAGGGUUCCACCUCGACGACUGCUUGGUCUGCUAACCGUCUUGACCUGUUUGCCGUCUCGGCUCAGGACUCUUCUCUCCAGCAUAACGGAUGGGAGAAUCUCGGCGGGACUCUGCAUUCCGACCCUGUGGCGGUGUCUUGGGGGCCGAACAGGAUCGAUGUCUUUGCUGUUGGUGCGAAGAGGGACUUGAUUCACAAGUGGUGGGAUGGGCGGAGAUGGGCAGGCUGGGAGAGCUUGGGUGGUGUGUUGGAGUCUACGCCUGUUGUGGUUUCGGACCAGGCCAACAGGCUGGAUGUCUAUGUCAAUGGGACUGACAGCGCAUUGUGGCAUAGAUACUGGGACGGCACCGCUUGGAGACCGUGGAGAAGCCUUGGUGGGACUCUAGUCAGCAAGCCGGCUGUUGCUUCCUGGGGGCCUGAUCGCGUUGAUGCGUUUGCUUUCGGCACUGAUUAUGCUAUUUGGCACAACUGGUGA